AUGAGUUUAGAGAACCAGACAGUGAUCCAUGAAUUUAUUCUCCUGGCCUUCAGCAACAUUUACACAGGAAGGUUCUUGAUCUUCCUUUUCCUGCUUCUUAUUUACCUAGUAACAUUGGUUGGAAACCUAUUGAUUAUUUUUGCAUUUUACUUCAAUGUCCAUCUUCAUUCUCCCAUGUACUUCUUCCUCGGAAAUUUUUAUUUUUCUGAAAUUGUAUUCACUGCAAACAUUACACCCAAUAUGUUGGUUAUUAUAUUUCAUGGAGGGGUGAUCAUCUCUACAAAUAACUGCAUCACACAAUAUUAUAUAUAUUGGGUAUCUACUUUUGCAGAAUGCCUCCUUCUAACAGUCAUGUCAUAUGAUCGCUAUUUAGCCAUUUGCAGUCCAUUGCAUUACUCAUCAAUCAUGUCCCAAAGACAUUGUCUCCACCUGGUUGUCUGGUCUUGGUUAACAAGCUUCUUAUUACCAGUAAUUGAAGGAAUAUGGUUGAGUGAGCUGCCAUUCUGUGGCUAUAACAUUAUCGACCACUUUGUCUGUGAUCUUGCUCCAGUGCUUCAGCUCUCUUGUUCAGAUACAAGCUUUCUAGAAAUGACCGAUUUUAUCCUCUCAUUUCCAGUUUUUGUGUUCCCCAUCAUUUUCAUCAUUAUAUGUUACAUCAGGAUUAUAUCCACCAUCCUCAAAAUUCCAUCUAGAACUGGCAGGAAAAAAGCUUUUUCCACCUGCAGCUCUCACCUCAUAGUUGUUUGUACAUAUUAUGGAACACUUGUCUUCAUCUAUAUGACCCCUUCAACAGAUAACUCAUUCACAGUAAAGAAUGUUCUAUCUCUUGUCUACAUAGUGGUGACUCCUCUCAUCAACCAAUUUAUAUACAGUCUUAGAAGCAAGGAAAUCAGAUUGGCCAUUGUAAAAUUAUUCAGCAGGUUUUGGGAGUGUGAAUUCUAA